AGGAAGAUGAUAGGAAACACCACCCUAACCACUUCACGGUUCACCUCUUUUACCUUCAGUAGACUAGUAGUUGCUCUCCUCUCGCUACUCUAUAUAAACGAAGCAGCUUGCUUUAGUGGCCACCCACAACAACUUUCCUCAAAAAGAAGAAGGAAAUGAUGAAGUGGGGGGAGUUAUGGACGAGCAUAAGCUCAACAGCUGCGGCUAUCAUGUUCGGGUGGGCUAUUUUCCAGCAGUACAUCCCCUACCAACUCCGAGGUUACGUUCGGAAAUAUUUCCAGAGAUUCCUACCCUUCCUUUACCCAAACAUUCACAUCGCCUUCCACGAGUACACCGCCGACCGCUUCAAGCGCAGUGAGGUCUACUCCACCAUCGAAGCCUACCUCAGCUCCAAAUCCUCCAAGCGGGCAAGGCGUCUCAAGGCCGAUGCCGGCGAGAAUACCCGUAACCUCAUACUCAGCAUGGAUGAACACGAGCAGGUCACCGAUGAGUUCCAAGGCGUCAAACUCUUGUGGUCUUCCAACAUGACCUCCUCCAACACUCCUUUAUACUCUUUCUACCCUCCUUCCGACGGCAAGCGCUACUACACUCUCACCUUUCACAAGCGCUACAGAGACCUCGUCACCGCCUCUUACCUCAACCAUAUCAUGGAACAAGGCAAAGCCGUCGGAGUCAAAAACCGGCAAAGGAAGCUCCACACCAACAACAAGAGCGAAAGCUUUAGUAUGUACGGCUACAAGAAAUCGGCGUGGAGUCAUGUGGUGUUCGACCACCCAGCCACGUUUCGGACUCUGGCGAUGGAGCCCCAAAAGAAGAAGGAGAUUAUGGACGACCUCAUUAACUUCAGUAACAGCAAGGACUACUACAGGAAGAUUGGUAAGGCUUGGAAGCGAGGCUACUUGCUGUACGGUCCUCCCGGAACUGGUAAGUCUUCUAUGAUUGCUGCCAUGGCUAAUCUCUUGGAUUACGAUAUCUACGAUCUCGAAUUAACGUCCGUGAAGGACAAUACGGAGCUGCGGAAGCUUCUGAUCGAGACUAGUAGCAAGUCGAUCAUCGUGAUUGAAGACAUUGAUUGCUCCCUCGAUCUCACCGGCCAAAGGACGAACAAGAAGAAGAAGACGGAGGAGGAGAAAGAGAAAAAGGAAGGGGAAGGUAGCCCAGCAGCAGCCGUUAAAAAGGAAGCGGAGAGGAGUAUGGAAAAGGAGAGCAAAGUGACUCUAUCCGGCCUUCUCAAUUUCAUAGAUGGGCUCUGGUCUGCCUGCGGAGUAGAGAGGCUUAUCGUGUUCACCACGAACUAUGUGGAGAAACUGGAUCCUGCUCUCAUUAGGAGGGGUCGGAUGGACAAGCAUAUCGAGCUGUCCUACUGCAGCUUCGAAGGGUUCAAGGUUUUUGCCAAGAAUUAUCUGGACCUGGAUUCACACCCUCUGUUCGAGACGAUUCAAGAGUUGAUUAAAGACACCCAGAUUACUCCGGCCGACGUUGCAGAGAAUUUGAUGCCUAAAUCCUUUGGGGAAAAUGCCAAGGAGGACUGUCUGGAGGCACUGAUCCGUGCUCUCCAAGUGGCUAAAGAAGAAGCGAGAGUAAAGGCAGAGGAAGCAUUAGCGGAGGCAACCAGAGAGGAGGCGUCUUCGAGGACAACCAAAGAUGAACAAGAGAAGGAAUCCAGAGGUGAAGACAAGGAGGGCGAGUCAACCCAGUUGGAAGACAACGAUGCGGUUUGAAGAGAGAACCAGACCGGACCAACUAGCUUAGGACUACAUACCGUUCGUUUCUUGCCGUGUUUGAAUUUAGAUUUGGACGGGAUGUAACAUUGAAUGGGCUCAAGGUCAGUCUUCUUUGUUUCUUUAAUAAGGAAGCCCACGUAGGUAGGAGUCGUCAAGAUUCGAGAUUCGAGAUUCGAGAGUAGGAGGUAGGUGAUUUUUCUAACUAUGACGUUUUUUUGUGUUUUUUGUUUCAACAAAUGCACUUUUAAAUACUUUUAAUGGCAGUACAAAAGGGGAGUACAAUGGAUCUCA